AUGGCUCAUGCACACACUCGUGCCGUGUCCGGGGAGAUUUUGCUACCUCACGGGUGGCACCUCCCAGAGCAGGACAUCAACGAUAUCCCAUUCAAUUUGCUGAACCACGAGAUCCGCCACAUCAAGGUCAUUUUCACAGCCAUCGCACGCGACCAAUCCGUCUUCGUGGAUGGAAAUAACGACGUUCAAAAUCAUGUCUUGAUCCAGCUUCGAUUUACCACCGGCUACUAUCAAUACAAGGGAAUCUAUCUGGAGAUGAUUCCUCGGGAAGAUCAAAACUGGCGAACCAUAGGAACAGCUCAAUCCCCUGGGCAGAGGUUCAAGACCGGAUCGUUGCGCAUCACGCCCGCCUUGGCCUCCAUUCAAACUCCAAUGAACAACCGGGUCUGUCGGCUUGAGGUCCGAGGUCUGCUAACCGUUGAGGAUCUCCUGCGCAGCGCCAUUCUUCGCGAGAACAUUCAUCGAUUCUCCUUUAUCAUUUCACCCUCGGGCGUGGUUCGUGGUCACCGUGACUGGGUAGCUCAGUUUCUGCACCGUCUGACCGCAUUGGACGAAGUGAGAGCCGAAAUCAUCAGCACUACGCCUGCAGACGUCUUGAUGGGAACCAAUGAUAUCUUUGAUGCAGUAGCCAUGCGUUGGACCAGCCAUCCUCGAGGCAUGGGCAUUCGAUCUCUGAUCGAGCGAGGGUUCUUCGAGGAUGCCGCGCGUUACAUAUCGACGAGCUGA